AUGAUCAAGGUGAUCAGGCUACUACCCCUUCCAGCACAUUUCGUUAUUGUUCUAGUUCUUGGUUUGUGCUGUGUAGUUUGUUGUCAUGCUGAGGAUCAUCAAAACUGUGAGCCUUCAUCCUGCGGCGACAUCCGUAAUAUAAGUUACCCUUUCCGACUCAUCGGUGAUCCACAGAAGUGCGGUGACUUCAGGUAUAACCUGUCUUGUGAGAAUAAUCUCACUGUUUUACACUUGUAUUCAGGAAGAUACUAUGUCCUUGCCAUCAAUUAUGAAAACGGCACGAUCCGAGUUGUGGAUGUCAAUCUUCAAAAGGAUAACUGCUCUUCACUCCCUCCUUAUUCCUUGACUGCAUAUAACUUCAGUUAUAAUGAUCCAUAUAGCACGUAUCAAAGGAAAGGUACAAGGUGGUGGAAAACUCGUCGGUUUGAACUGUCAAAGCCUAUAAUUCUCAUGACCUGUGAAUUUCGGCCAGGGAAUUCAUCCCUCUUUGUAGAUGCUGCUCCUUGCAUCAACGCAACGAGUGGACAUUCCUUUGUUAACACUGGCAGCUUAAAUGCAUCGGAUUUGUUGGAUUCAUGCCAGACGGAGCUGAUGGUUCUGACAUCAUGGAAUGGAACAAAGGUUGUGAACAGGUCCUACAUCGACAUCCACAACGAGCUGCUCUAUGGUUUUGAACUUUCAUGGUUGCACAAUUACGGGCGACCAGCUGGAGAUUGCUACAUCGACACUGAUACCAACAAAGUUAAUUGCUACAUCGACACUAUUGCGGAGCUUGUAAGAGAUUCAGCUGAAGACGCAGUGAUUAUGUGGACUGGGAUAAAAGUUGUACUCGGAUUUCCCUGUGUGAUUGUGUUUUUAAUCUUCAAGUUGAAAAGACGUCACUUAUCAGGGUACGGCGUUAUUGAAGAAUUCUUACAAACUCAUAACAACCUAAUGCCAAUAAGGUACUCCUACUCCAAUAUCAAGAAAAUGACCAAGGGAUUUAAGGAUAAAUUAGGGGAAGGAGGUUACGGCUCUGUAUAUAAAGGCAAGCUUCGCAGCGGUCGCCUUGUUGCUGUUAAACUGUUGGGAAAGUCUAAAGCUAAUGGUCAAGAUUUUAUCAAUGAAGUUGCAACCAUUGGAAGAAUUCAUCAUGUAAAUGUGGUGCAACUAAUUGGCUAUUGUGCUGAGGGAUCAAAGCGUGCUCUUGUAUACGAGUUCAUGGCAAACGGGUCUCUUGAUAAGCACAUUUUUUCUAAGGAAGGAUCCAUUUCCUUAAGCUGCAAGGAAGCAUUUGAAAUUUCACUAGGAGUGGCUCGUGGUAUUGGUUAUCUGCAUCAAGGAUGUGACAUGAAGAUAUUGCAUUUUGAUAUCAAGCCACACAACAUUCUUCUCGACGAGAAGUUUGUUCCGAAGGUUUCAGACUUCGGUCUGGCUAGAUUAUGCCCAUUAGACGACAGCAGUUUAAUUUUGACUGCAGUGAGAGGAACCAUUGGAUACAUAGCUCCGGAAUUGUUUUACAAGAAUAUUGGUGGUGUGUCGAACAAAGCUGACAUGUAUAGUUUCGGAAUGUUGCUGAUGGAAAUAGCAGGGAAAAGAAAGAACUUGAAUGCAGUUGCAGCCCAUUCUAGCCAAAUUUACUUUCCUUCAUGGGUUUAUGACCAGUUCAGUGAAGGAAAUGAGAUGGAAAUUGAAGAUGCGACCGACGAGGAAAAGAAAUUAACAAAGAAGAUGCUCAUGGUAGCAUUGUGGUGUAUACAAAUGAAGCCUAGUGACCGUCCUAAAUCGAUGAACAAAGUAGUAGAGAUGCUUGAAGGAGAAGUUGAAUCCAUUCCAAUGCCUCCAAAGCCAUUCCUAUAUCCACAAGACAUGCCAGUAGUGGAUGAGGAAGAUGAUUCGGAAACAGCUCUAUCAUCGUCACUGCCAUUAAAAAAUGAAGCUCAAGAGUCAACUAGUUUGGCUCAAAAUCCAAAAUAAGUGAUGCAACACUAAUAAUAUAUGUAUUUACAAUGGAGAGGGGAUUUCCUGCUAUGGAGUAGUUAAUUAAGUGUUCUUCGAAUACUCUGCAUAUUCACCUCUUUCUCUAAACUGGGAACGGUGUGCUGAUCAGGAAUCAUGAGGGAAAUUUCAGUUCUUGAUUCCAAGUUUAUUGUCUUUAUAGAUCGAGGGUAGUUUAGUUCCUACUUUGUGUUAUUGAACAUGCUCCAAUUGGUAUCAUAUUGGUCAGCAGUUGUUUACAAGCUUAAGUUUCAUG